CAGCGGCCCGCGAAGGACGCCGUCGCAGUCGAGAUCUUUCUUCGAACGAAGACGCGAUGGAUUCACCAUCCUCGUCACCUGACACUAGGAGUCGGCGUACAGGCCGACGGCGUUCCCUCGCUUCCCCUGUCGGUCCACCCCUCCUCGAUGCAGAAGAAGCACCACCGGUCCGGCGAGGUGGCAAGGCGACCCCAGUCCUGUCGUUGUCGAAACGUCCGAGCUUGUCGUGGAUUGUCGGCAACUGGGUCAUGGAUCUCUCAAUGUACACCCCAGCGGAUGCACCUCCACCAGUCCACAUCGAGAACCGGUCACACUGGCCGCGCGCUUUCCUGGACUACGAUCGCACAGUGAUGGACGAUGCGACGCUUGCCAGCCGCGGUGACGACAUUGUUGAUCUCGUUCGUGCCGAAUGCUCUGCUCGGGAGCAGCGGCUCACGGACAAGCCACCGGACGACAUUGUGCGAAAAACCUUCGAUGGCGUGCGAUGUCUCUACGUGGUGCACGCGUCAAUGGACAUUCCGUCAUCGUUCGACGACGUGGUGUCGAUCCUGACCCAUCGGUCCUUUCUCGGGCAUGUCUUUGGUCCUCAGAUGCUCGCUGCGACGGAACUUUGGCGCGCUGCGAACUCGACCUCGUCGUCAUCGACUACAGCUAUCCAGCGACUCCAUCUUCACGUCCCUCGCGGAUACAAGCGGCAGCAAGCCAUGCAGGUAACCUUUCUCGACCACGCGCGCGGCAGCGCCGCAUCUCCAUCCGCUCCUGCAUCGUGGACCCGAGUGUUCAAAUCUGUCGACCGGCAAACGUCGGGAACAGCACCAGAUGCUGUAGUCCGGUCGUCGUCGUCGACCAUCAUGACGCACGUGGUCGGCGGGCUGCAUGUGGAAGCAUUGUCGGCUUCACGUACUCGUGUGUCCUUUUACGGCGACUCUUGCGUGCCGUCGGUCCUCGCCGUCAAAAUGGAUGGCACGCACGCGUUCCUGGAUGCGUUUGGUCAGUCGGUGGCUCUCGUGCACAGGAUGCUUCGGCGGCGACGCAGCCAUCGCCACCAUCUCCACCACCUCCAUAUGCCAUCGCGCACCAGCCCGCCGUUCGAUGACGUUGAGUCGGAUGGCGUUAGCAUUUGCCCGCACGCGUUUACAACUACCUUGGCCACCCCUACGUCUGCUCCCUCCGGAGUUCUCACGCUGGACGACGUGUCCAACUCGACAGAAACCCCAGCGCUGAUAGACACGUCACGCUGCCGCCUCUGCGCCGUGCGGUUCCACUUUUUCCGCGCGGUGCAUCCAUGUGCCACAUGCCAUGCAUCGUUCUGCGCGGCUUGUCUGCGUCGACAUGCUCCACUCUGCCACCCUCCGUCACCCGCGUCGUCCUCGUCGUCGUCCUCGUCGCCUACGUCGUCACCAGAGGCCACACCAUCCCUCGUGACCCAUCCACCCAUUGAAACACAGUCACCUGGGGAAGGGCAAGGGCGCGAUGGCGCGACUUCAGGCAGGACGUCGACACCGUUUUCGUGGACGUGGCGGCGAUGUGUCGCUGAGCCCCUGCGCCAGUCGCUGUCGGCCAACCAUUUUAGCGCCCUACUUCAAGAUGACGACGAAGACGUCGAGACGAUUCGGCUGUUGCGCCGGCAGCACCGCGCGGCGUCAUUUGACUAAGUGGAGCAAUUGACAUGAACGAACUCGCCAUCGCUGUUUA